AACGUGCCUGUUUGCUAAGCGCUGAGCUAGGAUUAUGCUUACGCUCAUGGCAGCCAAUCAGAGCGCUAAGCUAAGCUGGGCGAGCAGUCGGCUAGUCUGCUGAUACAGGUCAUUGAAACAAUAGGAAAAUUUACAGUUUUAGUAUGACCCAAAGCUUUCUAAUUAGGCCAUGAAUUACGGCUUGAAAAUAACGGUAAAGUUCGUUUUAAUAUCUGAAGACUUUUCGUAAAGGGAUUAAGUUUGUAUAUAUUCAACAAUAUGGCCGUCAAAGCUGAACCAAUGGAAUAUGAAACAGAAAUGGAUGACACUUUUAGAAAUCAAGGUUACAGUCGUGGUUCAGUACCAAAGUCAAUUGAUCUCACAGAUGAUCAAAAGGUCAUGCUGAUACCCUCUUCUGAUGAACCCUAUAUUACAGGAAUAUUCCACAGAUCCUCAGAGCAAAUAUCUAAUCGCCAGAAUUUUAAUAUGCUUCCAUCCGACAUAACAGCUAUGCAACAGGAACAUAAUUUUUUUGGAGGCGCAAUCCGAUCCAUGAAAUCUAGUCCUAAACAAGAAUUAAUUGAUGAGGAAUACCCUACUUACACCAUUGCUCGCAGUGAAAUCGAACUCAAUUCUAGAUCACUUCCCAAAAAGUAUAAAUGUAAAUUCUGCGUUUAUAAGACCAGUUAUAAAUCUGAUUUGAAUAGACACCUACGUCGUCAUGCAAAGAAAGAUAAUGUGUAUAAUUGUGACGUGUGCGGCCUGCCGUUUCGUAGUAUUAGCAAAGUCUAUAGUCACAGACAGCAGGUUCACAUGUUAACUGAUGAUGAUGAGUUAAAUUUGUGUUGUUCGUUAUGUUCUUAUCGCUGUGCGGAAAAAGAUAUUGAGCUCUUCCAGUUACAUGUUCAUCAGCAUAUUGAAGAUAAUACGUGCAAUGUCUGCAAUAAAUCCUUUAACAGUCCCCAAGCUGUUGAUAAACAUAAAAAGAUUUUCCACCAAGUGCCAAGUGAAGUUGUUUUUCCUCCACAAGCCCAAAGAUCUUCCACAUAUUUCCCUGAUGUUUCUCAUGAAUCCUCUUCAACGGAAAUCCAAACCAAAGAACCAGAACUUGAACUUUUGCGACAAGAUGAUUCCUCUGGAGCCAGCAGUCGUAAUAUCUCAAACAGGUCCACACCAUUGCCUGUUGGGGAAACCAGUAUCACAUCAAGGGGGAAUAACUCCAAAUUGGCAACUCCAGCUGAAAUCUGUCGUGAAAGCAGCAGAUCAGAACAUAACAAAAGGAAAGAUAUUGAUGUGAAUAAAACAAAGGCAACCAAGGAAGGUAAUGAUUUAUCAGACAAAUCAGCUCAACAGUCAAAGAACCUGGCUGAUGUCAAAAGUCCACAAAGACUAACUACUAACAUACCAGAGCUUGUAGAGAGAUCUGAGACUUUACCCAAUAAUGGCCAAACUGUCCCAUUACGCAUGACUAAUUCAGGCUUUCUAGAAAAGAAAUUUACUUGUGACAAAUGUAAUCAAGUAUUUGAUGUUAUGCGAGAUCUGUUUGUUCAUAUGUCUGUCUGUUUACAAGAGGAGUUGAAUACUAAGACGGCAUUCUACAAUUGUCCAAUAUGUAAUUUCUCCACCGAGGUCUUAGAAAGUUUCUCAAAUCAUAUGGUCAAACAUACCAUUGAUAAAUUUAGCUGCGACAUUUGUAAUAAACCCUUUUCUCAGUUUCGAAAUGUUUUGAGUCACAAGCGAAAAAUUCACAGAAUUGAUCUACGGACAAGACGCUCUCCAACAAAAUUGAAAGCUUUUGGAUUCAACAACAAGUUUCUUCGAGGGUCAAAUGAUACAAAGUUAGGAUUUCCGAACUCCAACUGUUCCCCGUAUUCCAAAGAAACUAUGGGACAAAUUAAAAAACUUGCGGAAAAAGAAUUAAGGGAGGCAGACACUGCUGAAACUAAUGAUAUGGUUAUGGCUGUGGCAGAUCCUAAAACCCAAGGAAAAUUUAAUAUUGCGAACUCAAAUAUAUCAGAAAAAUCUCCACCUUCUGGGCGUUACACUCGUUUAGUUUCCGAUUUUGAUGAUUUCAUGGUGAAACCAUUUGCAUGCUCUUUGUGUUUUUUUCGGACUGGAGAUGUAAAUGAAUUAAUAUUGCAUGUUAAAAAUCAUGUAUCUGGAUCCUAUGGAGGUGCGAUUCCAGACAUUGUUAGAUUUAAUUUCACUCCUGUCCUUGAUUCCAAUUCACAUCUGGAACAUAAUGAAACAAUUUACAAUUUGAAUAUUAGCUCGAAAAUAUCCCCAACCAGUCAGAAUUUUGUUGUCAUUAACAACGAAAAUGACGUCAUGGAAACAGCAAGUGUGAUUGCAGGGAAGACAGAAAAUCAGGUGAAACAGAUCAAGAGACUGGAUAAUCUAUUGAAGAAUUCUCGGAAGAAUAAAAUGUUUAUUAGUCGUGCUUCCAACCGUAAUAGCGUGGAAAAGAAAUCUAUGUCAUGUGAUAUUUGUAAUAAAGAAUUCAGCAUGAGACUUCUAGCCAAACGUCACAUGGAAAAAAUACACAAUAUUAAGAAAUUUCUGUAAGUCUUUACUUGUAACAUUAAUAUUGGUUCCAUUGAUUUUUAAACAAUAACGGAAAAAUUUAUUCCUUUAUUUUAUAUAAGCAAAAUUGCGAUGGCAACCUUUGGCUUUAAACAUAUAUUCCCUCUACAAUGGAUAUCUAAAAUAUACAUAACCAUCAAUUAUAAAAUACACUCAAAUUACUGGUGGGUAAUUAUAUUUAUUGCCAUCUUAUCAAUUAUUAUUUUUAAGUUGCCAAAGUAUAGUACAAUGUACAUGUACUUGAUGGAACCUACAUGUAUCUUCAUGGAAAUGUGUCCAAAUCAUAAUUUUUUUAUAUAUAUUUUGGAUGAGCAAUAAUGAUAUUGGUAGGGUACACAUGUAUCAUAUCUUUGAAUUUGCCUACUUUCCCUUUCCAUUUGUUUUAGAAGUUAUUUAUAUUAUAUAGUCUUAUUUAAAAUGUAUAUGAAUUUAUUAGUUUACACACCACAUUGGUUGCUUAAAUAUUUAUGUGUUAAGAAGUACAAUAUUAUAUUUUUACUUUUGAUUCUUGUGGUACCUGUAGGUUUUAGUAUUUGAAGAUAAAUUGUUGAGUUAAAAGGAUACAACCUCUUUGAUUUAAAUAUUUGAUGUGUUAAUUUGCUUUGUGAAGUGGAUAUAUGUCUACAUCUAAAAUUUGAGGUCCACAGAUAGAGCCAAUGUUAAAUUGUAUUAAAUAGUAGACAAUUUAAGCCAAAAAUGAAAUUCUAAUUAUAUGGAGAUUGUCACGUCAUUAAUUGAAUUUAGGUAUCAAAUCAACUCUGUUUAAUAUUUCAUUGUACCCAAUGUCAAAGACAUUAUAUUUAUAUCUAUAUUACAUGUAUAUGUAUCUAAUUUGACGUCUUGAUGAGUCAUUUAGCGCCAUAGGAACCCUUUGCAGACUACCAUAUUGUGAAAGUUUGAUGUCUCGUUUGAAUAUCAGUCCAAAAAUGCUUCAAUUGCAUUCAGUAUUUAUAAAUUUAUGUUGAAUUGAGAUUUCAACGAUCUAUACUGCUCACUAUGUAACAAGCCAUGCACUAUGUUUUUUUUUGUUCAUUUACAUUAGGCCAAAAAUUACCAACGGUUACCACACCCACCCUAUUUUCUUUUUCUUUAGCCCAAUUCACGGUUCUAAACUCUUUUGUCUCAUUUUUGAGGUCAUACAAAUUGGCCUUGGCAAGGUUUUCUGCAGACACCGACAUUCCGAAUCUGCAUUACUUUACAAAAUCUUACUCGGUAAUUAAGCUAGAACUGCUAGGAAAUAAAUGAUUAACACUUUACAGUAUUUAAAAUGAAAUCACAAUGGCUAUAGACUGCAAGCAUUAAUGUACCAGGGUAGUUUAUUAAAAGUAUAAUUUAUUAGUUAACUUAGUUCUAUCCAAUCUGAACCUCAAAAACACGAAAAGAAAAAAGAUUUUUUUGUGGCAAAGUUAGUAACCAUAUAAACAGGUAUUUUUUUUUUUAUUAUGCCUACUCAUGCGGCUGGUUUUUGAUUUUGUUUUCUUAAUUACAUGUUAAAUAAUCUAUCUGAGUACAUAUUAGCGGGGAUUAAGUGGUGAGAAAUUUGAUAUUGUAGCAAAUAUGCAAAUGACGCAUCAAGCCUUUAAUAGUUUUUCUUAAAACUUUAAUCCCCAGAAUACAUCAAGAAAACCGUAAAAUAGGAAUUAUGUUUACACUACAAUGCACUUUUAUUUGUUUUGGUUCGAUUUUGUACUAAUAAGCGCCCCAUUUUUGGAAUAUUUUUUAUUCAAACGGGAGGUUAUUACGUAGAUUAUAGUACAAAUGUACCUGCUACAUGUAUGUGAUUUUUUUUUUAUUGUUUGAAUUUUCUCUACUUGUACAAGAUAAUUGCAGUAUACUGACCUAUGAAAAGGUGCACCGGUACAAUAAAUUGUUUUUUCAGGGUGUGUUAAGUUAAAUCAAUUGAAGAAUGAAUUUAUAUAUCUUUAAUUUUAAUCAGAAUGUUAGUGCAGUGUUGCUCUAUUAAUAUAUACAUGUACAAGUAGCAAAUAGAAAAAUUGUCUUUAAAAAUUGUAUAUUCUACCCAAGCACUUGCCCUAGUAAACAAAUAGAUAAAAAAUUUGCAUUUAUUCAAAGUAAGAAAUUUAAAAGCAUUACUAAAAUCACUUAGAUCUAGUUUUUGAGAUAGUCAGUGAAAUAUGAAUGUUUUAUCUACAUGUAUCAUUGAAUCAGAGUGACAAGUUAGUGAUGGAGUUUUAAGAAUGUAGUCAUCAAGUUUUUAUAUUUACAUUUACAGAUCUAGUCUUUUAUUUAUAAUCAAACUAGUCCAUUAUUAUUGUAUAAUCAGUUAUAUUAUUGAAUUU